AUUUGUCAUAUGACUUCGACGUUCAGUCAGCAGUGCUGCCAACAUUGCCAAAUAGUCCUCCAUCUUGGGGCAGGUGAUGUUUAUUGAGAUAUAAGAAAUUUGCAAAAUAUCGUAAAUUUAAUCUCAAAAUGGGUUAUUCUUUUGUUCCCAUCACAGUUUUCACUGUUCUGUGGGGUGUAGUUGGCAUUGUUUGCCCUUUCUUCGCCCCCAAGGGUCCUAACAGAGGGAUCAUCCAGGUGGUGUUAAUGCUAACAGCAGCUACGUGCUGGUUAUUCUGGCUGUGUGCGUACAUGGCGCAGAUGAAUCCGCUCAUCGGGCCCAGACUCAAGAACGAGACGUUAAUCUGGAUGUCGCAAACUUGGGGAAACGACUUCAACAAAACCCAAGGUUAAAUCGAAUGAAGAAACAGUCUUCAAUACCAUAAGUAAUUUAUUGCUUAUUCUCCUACCAAUUGUAUGUAAGAAUAACAAGAGAUCCGUAUCAAGAUAAGAAUACACAAUAACCUUCCUUCUGGGCAAUAUAUUCAAAGUUUCAAACUUGUAAUUUUAACUUAACUAUAGUCUGGUCUUCUACGUAAGUGGAAUUGGAAUUCUACGUACUCAGAGACCGGGCUUUAAUCAAAAGCGUGAAUGUACACUCAAGUUUUUAUCUAUGUUUGAGUACUAUUAAUAUCUGUAUAAUGUCACAAUCCUCUGGAAGUUAAUAAAA